CUUUUGCGUAAAAAAAUCUUAAAACUAUCAGUAUCAUCAUUGCUUUGCUUGAUACAGAGUUGAACUUGAACUACCAUAACCCAAGGCCGAAAACCUUGCACUUUUCAGUUGCUGGUGCCCAACCUGCACCUAAGAGACCUCCCAGCUGAAAUUCUCUCACUCACACGGAAAUUCCGAGGCUCGAAUUGCAGAAGCUCGUUCCAGAGUGUGUAAAUGACUGAGUGUUCUUUGUGCAUGAGCUGGGGGCUUGGGGCUUUGAUGGAACCCUUGAUAUAGAAGAUAUUUGGUCCAUCGAUCUUUUUAUGGUUCAUGGAAAUGGCCUUGGCGAACAGUCGGACAGAAAUGGAUGAUACUGAAAAAGCUGUUGAGAUCGAAAUGACAUCCUCCAUUGAAUUGAGUUCAUCUCUAUUAGAGCAGCUUAAAGAGGCAUUUACCGAGCUGGAAACUCGCAAGGUUGCUCCUAGCAUCCAGGUACCGUGGAGUGAUGUUGAAGCACAUUUCUGUGACUUGGAGUCAAUGAUGAAGAAAAAACUGGAAGAACUUAAAGACAAGGAGAAGGAUUUUACACAGAGAGAAUCUCACAAUCACAUGCUGCUUGCUGAGAGAGAGGCAGCAGUUGUGGCUAAGGAACUAGAUUUGUUAGAUAGGGUGCAGGAACUAAAAGAUGCUGCUGUGGCUGCCAUCUCUGAAGCUAGGGCAAAUAUUCCAGAGUCUGUGGAGUCAGCUUGUGGUGUGGAUGCCAAUAGAAUUAAGGUAAGCAGGUCUGUUGAUGAAUAUGCAUCACUUGACACCCAAGAAGAGAAAUCCCCUCAUGAACUGGGAGAAAAUGUUGAAGGUUUUGCUGACGAGGUUAAUCCUCGUGCAGAGCUGAUACAAUUUUGUGAGCAGAUGGAAUCUAUAGGACUUCUAAAAUUUGUCAUGGGAAACCUAAAAAACCUUUCUUCUGUUUGGAAGGAACAGCUGUCAGUUGCACUUGGUAGUGCGACUGAACCAGCCCGUUUGGUGCUUGAUACACUGGAGGGAUUCUUCCCUCCUAAAGAAUUGACCCAGGAAGGGGAUAAUAGUGAUGCUUCCCUCCAUGACAUACGUCAGUCUUGUAUAAUCCUUUUGGAAGCCUUGUCUGCCUUCUUGACAAAGGCUGACUGUGCCACAGAUAGCUUUCUUAACCCUGCAAUGCAGCAGCAGGCAAAAUCUAUUGCCAAUGAGUGGAAACCUAAUGUGACUAGGGACAGCAUUAAUGCUGCCAAUGGAAAUUCAUUGGAAGCAGAGGGAUUUUUGCAGCUGAUUGCAACUUUUAGGAUUACCUCUGAGUUUGAUGAAGAAGAACUCUGCAAGUAUGUUCUUGCAGUUGCUCAUCACUGGCAGGCAACUAAGCUCUGCCGCUCUCUUGAUUUGUCACAAAAGAUACCAGGUUUAGUUGAGACAUUGAUUAAAAGUGGGAGGCAAAUUGAUGCUGUUCAUUUCAUUCAUGCAUUUGAGCUCUCCGAGGCUUUUCCUCCUGUUCCUCUUUUGAAAGCCUACCUGAAAGACCUAAGGAGAAACUCGCAAGGAAAUGGUAGUGUUGCCUUACAGAAUAAUUUUAAUGCUCGAGAACUUGAAGCACUAAGGGCCGUCAUUCAGUGUGUUGAAGAAUAUAAACUCGAAGCUUCAUACCCUCUUGAUCCACUCCAUAAAAGGGUUGCCCAGCUAGACAAAUCUGUCAAAGGUGAUAGAAAGAGGGUAGUUGAAACCAGUAAACAGCAACAUCAGCAGAAAAGGCCAAGGUCUGAUGGAGGUUUCCAAGGGUCCCGAGGUCGGGGUUUUGGCCGUGGGAGACAUGGCCCACCGCAGAGGGCAGCAUAUUCCGGACUUUCAGAGAGAUACAUUCCUGCUGUUCCAAGUCCAUAUAGCUAUCAAGUCACUGCACAACCUCUAUAUGCUACUCAGCCAAAUGAUCAAAGAUUAGCUUAUUAUCCUCAAGAUGUGAGGCCUAAUGUACCUUAUUCUCCGGCUGCCCCAAGUUAUGGUACUUAUUUGCAGUCAUCACGCUAACCAUACUCCGAAGUUUCAGUAUUUUGCACACAGUAACCAGCUAUAGGCUAGUUUAGGCAAGAAAUUUCAUGUUAGGGUUACAUUUUGCUUUUAGGUCACUGCUGGCCCACUUGUAAGGGUGCUGUGCUCAGCAACCAACUAUACAGGCUUGCUAGUUGCAACUUCUCUUUUAAGAAGCUGAGGUAUAUUUUUUCCCCCCUUUUUAUUUUGAAACUGUUGAACUUAUUAUACAAUGCAAGCAUUUAUCAUGAAGUCGCAAUUUCUAUGUGAA